AUGAAAAUUUUUGAAUUAUUAAAAAUUUGUGACACGUUGAAGCAUCUGAAACGAACGGGAUGGGUUAAAAAUAAUAUUGAUGAACCAGAAACUGUGGCCUCGCAUAUGUAUCGAAUGGCUGUUCUCGCGAUGGCGUUAGAUGGACAAAUUCCUGGGAUCGAUGCCUCCAGAUGUGUCCGGAUGGCACUGGUUCACGAUAUUGGCGAAGCUAUCGUUGGUGACAUAACGCCGCAUUGUGGAAUCAGCGAGGAGAAUAAACAUGCAUUGGAAGCUAAAGCUAUGCAACAAAUUGCCACUUUUGUACCGGAAGACGUUGGGACUGACUGGGUAACAUUAUGGCGGGAAUAUGAGCAACAAAGCACGGAAGAAGCCAAGGUUGUGUAUCACCUCGACAAAUUCGAUAUGAUCGCGCAAGCGUUUGACUACGAGCAGAAAUACGGUAUCGAUUUACACGAGUUCUUCACUUCGACGGUAGGAAAACUCAAAAUGGAGCCUUUCGUCAGUUGGGACACGGAGUUACGAGCGAAACGGGCAGAAUGGAUCCAACAAAAAAAG